AUGGCAAUAAAUAAUAAAUACUUGAAAGAUAUCGAUUUGGAUCAUGAUUGGAAGUGUUAUUGUCAACAAUCAAACGAUAAAACUGAUAUAAAAACUAUCAUUUCAAAUGCAAAUAGUAUUAAUACAAAUCAACGAUGGUCUUCUACAAAAUUACCACAUAUUACUACUGAUAUUGUUGAUGAUGAUAGAAGACCAUGUAAAUGGUGGUAUUGUAAAAAAAUUGAUUGGGCAUUAAAUAAUCAUACAUCGGAACUAGAAACAUAUCUCGAGUUUGAAUUACCGAAUAAACAUGAUAAAAUAUCUAAUAUCAGUGUUACUAUAUGGUUUAAUGGUACAGAGAUAUUUUCAGGUUGUUUGCCAUUACUAAGAAAUCCAAUUAAAUUAUGUUCGAAAUUAUUAUCUAAUGAAAAUAACCAUGAAAAUAUUUUAGUUAUCUGUUGUGCUAAUACAAAAUUUACACUUCAUCCUCAUAUCCGUCUCUAUGGUAAAGUUAUUUAUGCUAUGGGACAAGUAAUAACACAUGAAAAUAAUCUUAAUGAAUAUAAAGAUUCCAAUAGAAAUGGAAAUGAUAUUUUAGAUUAUAAGGUUAAUGUUGAUGACGUUGAUGGACGCAUUGAUAUAACAUUUAAUCCAAAACCAAAAUCAGAAAGUUUAUUCAUACCAUCAUCACCUUUAGAACAAUCAGGUCAAUCCAUAAAUCAUGAUAAUGAAACAAAUGAAGUUAACAAUCUUGAUAAUGAUCUUCUUGUACCUCGUCUAACUAUUUUAAUACUUGUUGUUGGUACAAGAGGUGAUGUACAACCAUUUAUUGCUCUGGGUCAAGCGCUUCGAGUUAAUGGUCACCGUGUUCGAUUAGCAACACAUGAAAUAUUUCGAUCAUUUGUUCAUGACAAUGGUCUAGAAUUUUAUCCAUUAGCUGGUGAUCCAGCUGAUUUAAUGUCAUUUAUGGUAAAAAAUGCUGGUAUUAUUCCAUCAUUAGAUAGUAUUGUCAAAGGUGAUGUUAAAAAACAACGUCAUUCUGUUGCCAAAAUUCUUGUUUCAACAUGGGAAGCAUGUAUUAAAAAUGAUGAUGAAACAGGUGCACCCUUUCAAGCUGAAGCUAUCAUUGCAAAUCCACCAUCAUUUGGUCAUAUUCAUUGUGCAGAAAAAUUAAAAAUUCCUUUACAUAUGAUGUUUACAAUGCCAUGGUCACCAACAACUGCUUUUCCACAUCCAUUAUCAAAUGUUAAAAAUUCAAUUGGAUCAAGGCAUAAGAUUAAUUUAUAUUCUUAUGAUGUGAUUGAAAUGCUUACGUGGACUGGUAUUGGUCGUAUUGUGAAUAAUUUUCGUACGAAAAUAUUAGGUCUUAGAGAAUUGCAUACACGUCAAGCAAUACAUGCAUUAAUUGGUGAACGUGUACCACAUACUUAUUGUUGGUCGCCAUCGCUUGUCGAAAAACCAAAUGAUUGGGGUUCACAUAUAAAUGUUUCGGGCUUCUUUUUUCUUAAUCUUGGUAUUGCUUAUACUAAUCCACCAACAGAUUUACUUGAAUUUCUUGGUAUCGAUAGGGAUGGCAAUCAACAUGACCCUAAAUUAUCACUACCAAUCUAUAUUGGUUUUGGUUCUAUUACAGGCCAUGAUUCUCGACGUAUUUUUCAAAUCGUUUGUGAUGCUCUUAAUGAAACUGGCUAUCGAGCUGUAUUAUCAGGUCUUGCUAUGGAUACAGAUCAAUUACCUUCUACUAUAUUUAAAAUCGGUGAUGUACCACAUGAUUGGCUUUUUCAAUAUGUAUCAGCUGUAUGCCAUCAUGGUGGAGCAGGUACAACAGCAGCUGGUCUACGAGCUGGAAAGCCAACAAUUAUUGUACCUUUUUUUGGUGAUCAAUUUUUUUGGGGUGAUGUGAUCGAAAAAAAUGGCGCCGGUCCAUGUCCGCUUCCUGGAAAAUCAAUUACGGCCACACUAUUAGCUGAAGCUUUUCGUUUCGUUCAUCAACCAGCAGCCCGUACUGCUGCUGAACGCAUUCGUGAUGCUAUUUUGAAAGAAGAUGGAUGUGCAGCAGCAGUCCAGGCAUUUCAUAGUAAUUUACCAUUAAGAAAGUUGCAUGGCGAUUUAGAACCUACAUUUGCUGCUUGCUAUCACGUGAACAAAUAUAAUUUACAAAUAUCACGUCCCGUUGCUCAAGUACUAGUAGCAGCAGAUGCCUUAGAAGAAUCUGAACUUCAUCAUCAUGCCACACGAGAAUGGCAAUUUAUGCAUGAUAAUCGUAUGCAUUUACUCACUCAUGGUUUGGUUGAACAUUCACAAAAAGCACUUUCAAGUAUAUUUAUCAAUACUGCUGAAGAUUUGAAACGUGUUGUCAACAAAAAAAAUGAUCAUACAACUAUACGAAUACUUGAAGGAGCUGGAAGUGUUGCUAAAGGUGUUUGUCUAGGCUGUGGACAUCUAACCAUUGGAUGCCUAUCAUUGUAUGGUGAAUUGACUGAUGGACUUAAUUGGGCCACAUCAAUUUAUUAUCCACACAGCGAAUUCAAAUUACGUCAACAACAUCAUGUCACUGAUUUCAAAUCGGGUGCUAAGGCUGCUGGCCUUUCUUUAUGGAAUGGUUGGAAAGGUGGCGUUACAGGCAUUAUAAAACAACCACGUGCUGGUUAUGAACGUCACGGCGUAUUAGGUGGUGCAGCUGGAUCAUUAAUGGCUACAGUGAAUAUUGCUAUGAAACCAGUAGCGAGCAUGCUCGCAUCCGUUACUUGGUUAAGUCGAGGUACUUAUGCCGGUGUGAGAAAUGUAGUAGAAGCCUAUAGAAAUGAAGGAAGACGUAUUUCAACCAACCUAGUUAAUGCAGCAUCAUCAACUAAAUUUGAUGGACAAUAUGAAGAAAAUGGCGAUGAAGAAAUUUCAGCGGCCGCUCAGAAAGCAGCAACUAGAUCAGGUUUUCAUCCAAAAGUAUGUCAAUGUAUUCUUCAUGAAUUAGAAAAAAUUAAAAUCGAACGAGAGCAAACUAUGGCUCCUUCACCAAAGAAAAAGUCAAAUAUAACCAAUUUCUUUUCCAAGACCGAAUAA